AUGGACUACAAAAAUAGCAAAUUUCCAAGUUUGGAGUACUGUAACUACUGUUAUCCAACUGCAGAUCGCCACAAAGAUGAUUAUUAUUACAAAAGACAGGGCGUUAGUUUGUUCGCCUGGUUGUGCAUAGACAAUCUCAAAUUGUGUUGCCCUGAAGGUCAUUUCGGGCCGCUGAGUACUUCCAAGUUGAAAGCGAUGCUGAGUACUUCCAAGUUGAAAACGAGCAAGGAAAAGAUAUUACUUGCAAAAAAUGCUAUGAAGGGUGCUUCGGAGUCUGUAAUUCAGGACCAAAAGGAUGUACAAAAUUUUGGUUUUGCUAUACAGGAAGAAAAAAUCGCAUUAGGAGUAAAUAGCGUUUAUACUAAACGAACACUUCAAGCACUUCAUAAAAACAUCAAGGUGAUGCGCCAUCCUGAUCAUUAUCCAGGAACUGGAACUGUAUUUUGGGCUCACCAUGAAAAGCUUUUAAUAAUUGAUCAGCUGAUUUCAUUCGUAGGCGGUGUCGAUUUGUGUUUCGGACGUUGGGACGAUAAUCGUCAUCUUCUUACUGAUAUGGGAUCCGUUCAGUUUUCCGCCCGUCAUGCAGUUAAUACCAAUAUGGCUAGUGGACUUCGAUCUUUAAUAAGCGCACCAUUGACAUUGUCGCCAUUGGGACUCGAAGAAAAUGAAAAAAUAGUUCCAAGAGAACCGACAAUUGAUGAAGUCGAUGAAGUUGCUGAACGAGACAAAGUUCAAACAGCUGAAGAGAAUGGAUUGGUUAAAGAAACUGUUAAUACCGAUAAAGAAACUGGACAAGUAGCUGUGAGAGUUUUAAGACGAGAAAUUCCGCAGACGGGUGAUCCAGUUCGUCAUUCGAGUCCGGCAGAUCCUGUCAAAACUUGGAAAGUUGAGAAGGCGGAGACAGUGGUUGAAUCAACAUCCACAGAAAACAAUAAAACCACAAUACAUUCGAAAACGUCAGCGGUUGAGACCGCCAAAAUCAAAUUUAUGAGCACAGGUGGUGCGAAUAAUCAUAUCCGGCGAUCUGCCUCAUCAGCCGAACGACAAAGGAAAAAAGUUCCAUUGGAAAUACUCGACAAGGCUGGACUAGUAACGUCGAUGGUCGAAAAGGCAGCGAAAAGUGGAAUCGAUCUAUCGGAAGCAAAGAAAAAGUAUAAAGAAUAUGUAGACAGUGGAGCUGUUAAGAAGGAAAAACAACGAGCUCAAACUCCUCCGAACGGAAAAAAGAAGAAAUUGUCCACAGUUGUUCAGAACUGGAAAAGUAACAGAGCCAAAAGAAAGUGGAAGCAAAUGCUCGAGAAUGACGGCGCUACAAUUGGAUAUUAA